UCGUCGUCCCCUGAAGGUGACGUCGUGCUGGUCGUCCAUGUGGCUCUUCUGUGAACAGUGUUGUUGUUGUUGUUCUUCGUAGCUUGUUUUACAUUAAUAGACUUCGUUUUUCUUCAUCUUUAUUAGUCUGACACUGUAAGUCGUAGACAGAACCAUCAUGUCUUCCAGUUGUCGCAGACCGGAGCACAUGGCACCGCCGGAGGUGUUCUACAAUGAAGAAGAGGCCAAGAAGUACUCUCAGAACUCUCGAAUGAUUGAGAUCCAGACUCAAAUGUCAGCGAGAGCAGUGGAGCUCCUGAGCUUACCAGAAGAUCAGCCGUGUUAUUUGCUGGAUGUAGGCUGUGGCUCUGGACUCAGUGGAGAUUAUUUAUCAGAAGAAGGCUAUUACUGGGUGGGUGUGGACAUCAGCACUGCUAUGUUGGACGUUGCUUUAGACAGGGAGGUGGAUGGAGAUCUUGUUUUAGGAGACAUGGGUCAAGGCAUGCCGUUCAGGCCUGGAACAUUUGACGGAUGUAUCAGUAUCUCUGCGCUCCAGUGGCUGUGUAACGCAGAUAAGAGAUCCCACAGUCCUCCCAAGAGGCUCUACACCUUCUUUAGCUCACUCUACUCCUCCCUGGCAAGAGGGGCUCGUGCAGUCUUCCAGAUUUAUCCUGAAAAUUCAGAACAGCUGGAGUUGAUCACUGCCCAGGCUAUGAGGGCAGGCUUCACAGGAGGCAUGGUGGUGGACUAUCCCAACAGCAGCAAAGCCAAAAAAUUCUUCCUGUGCCUGUUCGCUGGCGUGUCUGGCGUCUUGCCUAAGGGUUUGGGGUCAGAGACUGUUGACAGAAAUGUUCCAAAUCAAGUUCAGUUCACAGGACAGAGAUCUCGCUUCAAAAAUAUGAAAGGCAAGUCGGUGAAGAAGAGCAAAGACUGGAUCCUGGAGAAGAAGGAGAGGCAGCGAAGGCAGGGCAAGGAGGUAAGGGCGGAUACAAAAUACACAGGACGUCAGAGGAGGCCUCGCUUCUGAAGCCCCCAACUCAAGACCUACCGCAGGGCUGGCUCUUGGCCUGGUCAGGUGGACUUUCUAAACGGACUGCACAAACAGCCUGGCCCUGCAGACUUGAACCCUGCGGACUUAUUUUGCUCAGCUGAAAGCCCACGAUGUGACGAAAUCCGAAAUGAGAGAAUGCCGGAUAUUACUGACUUCUGAAGCUAAUGCUGUGUUUCCCUUUUAAGAAGCAUCGAGUCUUCUUACUGCAGUGUUGGAUGGAAAUAGUUUUCUGAAGAUUUGAUAUUAAUAGUACAGUAAAAAGCUAUGGACACCGUUGUUCUAUGUAUUUGGCUGCAAAUAUUAAAAUCUCAGCUCAUCUGAUUGUUUCUGAAUUGCUGUCCCAAAGUUUUGUUAAGCUAAACUGUUCAUGCUCCACCCCCAAAAAUGCAAUUAAUGCUGUUAUAAAUAAUUAAGGCUGGGUAUUGAUACCAAUAGAGAGACCUUGAUGUCAAUGUUGAUUCUUGAAUUUUUCCCCCCAUAUCUUUUAGAUUAUGAUCUGAAAGAAGGCAUGGUUUAAAUCAUAGCAUAUGAAUGGGUUUUUUUUUUUUUACUGACCACAGUGGGUUUGAGAUCAAUGCUGGAGUGCUGAUGUGAAUAGAAUGUGUGUGGAAUGUAAUUUAGACAGCCAAUCAGCAGGCCAGGUUUUGAAACAAGCCUGCUUAUUGGCUCACAGAGGCUGAUAAAUGUCAAGGUAUUAAAAUUUUAAUUUCUCAUGGA